UGGCCUGUCUGUAUACAGAUAUAUUAAAGCAUAAGAUGACAUCAGACUCUCAGAGGGUCACAUUUGCUUUCAUCGCUGGAAUCACAGGACAGUCAGUCACAAUGAAGAGUCUGAUUUCACUUUAUCUUCUGUCAUUCCUUCUGCAUUUAUCCAGCAGUGCAGAUUGGUGCUACCAGACAAAAGGGAGCUGUAAAGGUCCAGAGAACUGGAAGGAUAUAAACGCAGAAUGUGGAAGUAACAGACAAUCGCCCAUCAAUAUAGUGACAAAGUUAACCCAACUGGACAAGAGUCUGACGCCUUUCAAUGUUACUGGCUACAAGACCGUAUUCGACAGCACCGUCAAGAAAAACAAUUACACUAUUGAGGUCGCUAUAAACACCACAGCUACAAUAUCCGGCGGAAACCUGGAAGACACGUAUAAGGCCGUUCAGUUUCACCUCCACUGGGGCGCAAAUGGAGUUAUGGGCUCUGAACACACCAUCGAUGGAGAACAGUAUCCUAUGGAGCUUCACAUUGUACAUAUAAAACAAAAAUACAAUAGUCUACAAGAGGCUUUCGGAGAUCCAUUUGGUCUUGCAGCGUUUGGAUUCUUCUUCGAGGAGUCAAACAGCACCAACAAAAAUUUCGACAAUCUCAUAGAUGUCCUGGGGAGCAUACAGAACAAGAGUGGAAGUGUGUCCAUUCGUAACAUCUCAGCCAGCCAGCUCGUUCUGCCGGAGGGGAACCUGGCCAGCUAUUACCGUUACAACGGCUCUCUGACCAUACCCAACUGCAGUGAAUCUGUGAUCUGGACUGUCUUUGAAAAGCCCAUUCCUCUUAGCAAACAACAGCUUCUGUUUUUUUCUUCUCUGAAACUCGAUGACGGGACACCAAUGGUUGCGACAUUCCGACCCGUACAGCCUCGUAGAGGACGUGCAGUUUAUCGGUCGAGCGGUCCGGCGGUCCUGGCCAGCGCGGUGCUUCUCUUCGUCUCCAUCACUACAACAUUCAGUCUGUCCCAUCUAUACUAAAGCAUCCCAACCCAGACUGAACACAAUGAGUUCUCAACCAAACAACAGACCAACAUGAGAUCAAAUAAAAUAUAUUUUUACAUUUAUGCUACAUAAGUGUUAUUCUACAUUUUGGCUGAUCUUUCUAAUACUAUGUGGAAAAUAUCAAUAAGUUAUAAGCGACUCUAAACUUUCAAAUGGUAGUGAACAUAAUUAACCUAUAAAUGAAAACAUUUACGCACCAUCAUGCCUUUUCGAAAGAAGGGACAUCUUACAGUAUUUUUCCAUAUGAUGUUGAUGUUAAACACAGCUGAUUUCUUUGUACACUUCUUAUACUCACAAAACAAUUUUUCAACAACAAACAAUGUUGCAGGUCCUUUGUGAGGAUACAUGAUUUGUGUUUUUGAAGGUCUCAUGUGCAUUAAACAAUAAUCGCACUGUAGCAGAAUAAGAAUAUGUGAUUGUAAGAUGUACUUUAUUUAAUCAAGUUAACACUACACCAUUUUCUCAACAAUUUACUUAAUUUGUUUAAUCAACUAACAUUAGUGUUAAAGUAACAUUAGCGAAACUGGGCAUUUCCCAGCAUGCCUCCCAGCAAUUCCCAUGGCAAUUCCCAUCGAAUUGCUUGUUCCAAAUUUGGUUCUUUGUGAAAAUAAAAAAUACAUUGAACCUGGAAUAGGUUGAAGGUUUUU